GCUCCGUACCUUUGUACUUAGUUGCGUUCGCGUUUCUUAUUUGUUUGUUAAUUUCGAGAGAGUUACGUGAGUCAGCUAUGCAAGCGCUAAAUCCAAGCAAAGAUAAAGAUUUCUUCAUCCAGUGACCGUUAGAAAAUAAAUUCUUGUACAAUUUUUUUUCAUUCUUUGAAAUUGGACAAGUGGCUUCAACAAUUCAAAAGCAAAGUAAAUACUGAAUUACAUAAUACUUUUUUAAUCAUGUUGCUAUUGUACAUUUUUAUGCUUUAUAGAGGAGUGGUUCGGAAGAACCUUCCACAAGUUCUUCAGUAUCGAAUGAUUUGAAUGACGAGGACAUUCCUGAAGAACAAGAACUUCCAUCCAACACCGCUGAUAUAGUGCCAAACACUCACCAUGACGAUGAUAAUGAUGGAGAGAUCAUCAAUGAAGAAAUUGGACUUGCUCCGAAUGAAACCAUUCAUGAACGGAAAAGGAAGAGGACAUCGUCAGAAGAAUGCACUGGAAGCUGAGCGACAAAAAUAUCUAAGUUGCAGGAGUGUUGGCUCGAACUACCGGAAUUCAUAUUCUGGCUGAAAAGGUCAGAAAACGAUAAGUAUGCAUUUUGUAAAUUGUGCCACUGCAAAAUUUUGAGCCACGAGAGUUUGUUGCUCAGCCAUUGUAAAACAAAAAAACAUAAAUUGAAUGAUAAGAAAGUUUCGCAAAAUUCCAAAAUUGAUGAAAUAUUGAAAAAUCCAAGUCAAUCCGCUCAUGAAAAUGCUGUGAAGGUGGCAGAAUUGAAGUUGAGUAGUUUGGUAGCUACUAAUAAUCUCUCAUUUCUAUUCAUGGACACUUUAGUUCCUGUAUUGAAAAAUAUAUUUCUGGAUUCCAAAAUAGCUCAAAGCAUAAAAUUGAAAAGGAGUAAGGCCACUGCUUUGGUAACUGAAAGUUUGGGUCAUAAUUUUUUGAAAAUCCUUUUUAAUAAUUUAAAAAUUCCUGGAAAUUUUUUCUCUCUUAUCAAGGACGAGACUACCGAUAUAUCAGUUAAAAAGCAGUGUGCCUUUACUGUGAUCUAUUUCAGUAGUGAAGAAAAAAUCAUAACUCAAUUUUUUGAUUUGGUAGAAACAAAGGGCUCUACUGCACAAGAAUUAUUCGAUGUUUUGAAGGGUAGCUUGGACACACGCCAAAUUCCCCUUCAAAACUUAGUAGGCUUUUCGUCUGAUACCACCAAUGUAAUGGUUGGGGAGCAUCAGUCAGUAUUUGCCCAUUUAAAAAAAUGUCUUCCCUAUAUUGUGUGCGUGAAGUGUUCUUGCCAUAUGGCUCAUUUAGCAGCCUCAAGGGCUUGCUUAGUAUUACCAAAACAUGUAGAAGACAUGCUCAGAAAUAUAGGCAGCCAUUUUAGUAGGAGCUCUUCACGCAGACAAAAAUAUGAAGAAUUCCAAAUUUUCUUCAAGGUGGAUAUUCAUAAAAUUCUCUCUCCUUCAAAUACCAGAUGGCUCUCUGUUAAGGCUUGUGUUGACCGACUACUUGAACAGUAUGAGGCUCUGUUAGGCUAUUUCAGGGAGAAUGUUUAUGAGGAUCCAUCUUACAUCACUGAAGCCAUUUUGGAAACAAUGAGUAAUCCUUACACGAAAGUGUACCUAGAAUUAAUGGUUCAAGUUUUAGGCUUGAUAACUGAGUUCAACAUGAUUUUUCAGUCUGAAAAACAACUUUUGUAUGAACUCAAGCUUGAAACUAAAAAAUUGCUAUCUACUUUAGCGUCAUAUUAUUUAAAAAUGCCUGUAGUGACAAUAUAGGAACGAUAUUUUUAAAUUGAAUCAUGAGAAUCCGGAUUUUUUCGUACCCCUUGAUAAAAUAUAUUUAGGUGUUGCUGCUACUGCAUCAUUUCAGGAAAUAAAUAAAUCCAUUAGGCAGAAAUACUGUGAAUCUUUUUACAAUACUGUUUUGUCUUUUUACAUCAAACUGAUAUCAAAUAUUAAAGAUAAAUUCAAGUUUGAUGAUCCUAUUUUCAAUUUAAUUGAAAUAAUGGAUCCAAAAGUUUCACAGUCUUUCUCAAUUCAAUCCCUCAGACCUGUAUUGGAAAGAUUUCCAAUACUUAAAAAUUAUAUAGACCCACAAGAUUUGGACAAUGAAUGGAGGGCUCAUGCACUUUUAGAAUAUAAUACUUUAGACCUUCUAGCAUCUUAUGACGCAGAAAAAUAUUGGGCCAAAGUCUUUAAAUUGAAAAAUGAUGCUGGAGUGAACCUAUUUUCAAAUUUGGAAAGAAUGUUCUCAUUACUUUUUGUUCUUCCUUUUUCUAAUGCCAGUGUUGAAAGAGUUUUCAGUAAUCUCUUCAACAUAAAAACUGAUAAGAGAAAUCUUCUGGCUUCUGAAACCAUCAGAGGUAUCAUGGCCACAUCGGAUGGAAUAAAAAGUA